AUAUACUUAUUGUUUUAACCAAAAAUAUCAAAACCUCUCGAAACUCUCUCUUUCUCUCUCUCUCUUUCUUUUUCGCUUCGCAUCUGAGAAAUUUCGUCUCCUUCUCUCCGAAGCACGUAAACCAUGAAUUCUAGGGUUUCUUCUCCAGGUUUUGUAUGCAUAGUCUAUUUGGAUAUCUUUCGUUCUGUCUGCAGUAAACAAAACUGAAAUAGACAAUGGAUAUUAGGUUCACCAUGAUUGAUUUGAGAAAUUCACUUGCAUGGUUGCUGAUUUGCUCCGAUGCUUAUGGUCCAUUUAUUUUCAAAUGGCUGGUAACUGGAUCAUUUGGGCUUCUAGCUGUCAUAUAUGCAUUUCUUAAGUGGCAAAAAAGGAAAUCUCUAAAAUGGGUUGAAGCUGCUGCCAAAGCAAAGAAAAAAGUCUGGAAGAAUCUAAAGGUUCCUCUAUCACAUCAUAUGUGGAUAGAAGAUUUUGCUGACGGUGAACAGCCAUCCAUGUGCUGUGUUUGCUUGAAUUCCUUGGUGUCUCCUCAAAAUUUAGGUACAAAAGCCUCAUCACAAACCCUUGUUCAUCGUUGCUCUGUUUGUGGUGUAGCAGCUCAUUUCUAUUGUUCUCAGUUAACAGAAAAUGAUUGUAAGUGUGUGGCACAAGCUGGUCUUAACCAUGUUCGUCACCACUGGUCAGAAAGAUGGGGUGAUAUGGAUGAUAAUCCUGAGAUGUCUGCUUUCUGUUUUUACUGCGAUGAACCUUGUGGUGUUCCUUUUCUUGAUGCAUCUCCUACAUGGCAUUGCUUAUGGUGCCAACGCCUUAUUCAUGUCAAAUGUCACACUAAAAUGGCGAAAGAAUAUGGUGAUGUUUGUGAUCUGGGUCCUCUUAGAAGGAUUAUUCUUUCUCCACUCUGUGUGAAAGAAGUUAUUGAAGAAAAAACUGAAGGUGGAGUGCUAAGUGCUAUAGCCAAGGAAAUUAUAUCUUCUUCUAUUCACAGCCGGAUGAGAAGAAGGAACCACCGUAGCAAAGAUGGAAAUGUUCGUUCUGUAAAGUUGCAAGAUGCCUCAGUGACUGAUACAGCUGUUGGAAAAGUGCUUAAUGGCCUUGCUGGUUUGAAGAGAUCUGGUGGUGAUUUCAAUAUUGAUCUAAAGAAGAGUGGCAAUGCAGUUAGUGUAAAGGGUAUCCGUAAUGGGUCAAUACAAAGAAAAAAUGGAACUGCUACCUGUUGUCAAAUCAAAAGAUAUCAACUGGUUGAUUUGCCACAGGAUGCAAGACCUCUUUUGGUCUUUAUAAAUGCCAGGAGUGGAGGUCAACAUGGGCCUACUCUUCAGAGGAGACUGAACAUGCUAUUAAACCCUGUACAGAUUUUUGAAUUGAGUGCAUCUCAGGGCCCUGAGGUGGGGUUAGAUUUGUUCAAAAAUGUGCAAUAUUUUAGGGUUUUGGUCUGUGGUGGAGAUGGCACCGUUUCAUGGGUUCUUGAUGCAAUUGAGAAGUACAAUUUUGAAUCACCUCCACCUGUUGCUAUUCUUCCGCUUGGUACAGGAAAUGAUUUGUCAAGGGUACUGCAAUGGGGAAGAGGUUUCUCUACAGUUAAUGGACAAGGUGGCUUGACCACACUUUUGCAGGACAUAAAUCAUGCUGCAGUUACAAUGCUAGAUCGUUGGAAAGUCGAUAUAAGAGAGGAAAAUGGAGAAGGCAAUCCUGAUAAAGUACAAUCAAAGUUCAUGAUGAACUAUUUAGGUAUUGGGUGUGAUGCGAAGGUUGCAUAUGAAUUUCAUGUUACUCGGGAGAUAAAUCCUGAAAAGUUUUGUAGUCAGUUUGUGAAUAAAUUACGAUAUGCCAAAGAAGGUGCCAGGGAUAUAAUGGAUAGAACUUGUGCUGACUUACCAUGGCAAGUUUGGCUAGAAGUUGACGGGAAAGACAUUGAGAUUCCAGAGGAUUCUGAGGGUUUAAUUGUCCUCAACAUUGGCAGUUAUAUGGGUGGAGUAGAUCUUUGGCAAAAUGACAACGAGCAUGAUGAUGAUUUUCAUCUGCAGACCAUGCAUGAUAAAUUGCUUGAGGUUGUAUGUGUUUGUGGAGCAUGGCACCUUGGCAAACUUCAGGUUGGACUUUCCCAAGCCAGAAGAUUAGCUCAAGGGAAAGUCAUAAGAAUACAUGCUUCAAGUCCUUUCCCAGUUCAAAUAGAUGGGGAGCCAUUCAUUAAACAACCUGGCUGCUUAGAAAUAUCACACCAUGAUCAGGUGUUCAUGUUAAGGAGGGCCUCUGAGGAGCCUAGAGGGCAUCCAGCUGCAAUUAUGGCAGAGGUGUUACUGGAAGCCGAGUGCAAAGGCAUCAUCAAUGCAUCUCAGAAGAAAGUUCUUCUCCAGGAGAUGGCCCUCCAUCUCUCUUGAUCUUUAUCCCAACACACCCCGCCUUUCUCUUUGUUCCUCACACUUGAUCCAGCUAAACAUACUUCCUUCUUUUUUUUUCUUUUUUUUUUUUUUUUUUUUUUUUUUUAAGACAGAAUAGGUCGCCAAUACCACUGCCUUUUUACAAAUUACCCCAUUUUGUAGUACAUAUACCGGUGAGAGAGUCAGAGAGUUCCAGGAGGAGCAACUAUAGAGAAGUGUGAAAAUAUACCGAGAUUCAAUUUUCAAUAAAAAAUUUCACGUGUAUUCUGGGUUCCAAUCCCAUCUAUGAGCAAUCAAAUUUGUAUUUUGUCCCA